GGCCACAAACGCUCACACGUGGACGAGAAGCCCUUCCAGUGCAAAUGGCCUGGGUGCGGGAAACGCUUCGCGAGGCAGCAUGACUGCAAGAGACACCAGCAGCUGCAUUCGAACCAUCGGCCGGUUACGUGCGAAGGGUGUAAGAAGCCGUUUGCGAGGCUGGAUGCGUUGAAUCGACAUCGUGAGUGA